AACCCAAUUCAACAACCGAACAACGAUAAUCCAUUUUGGUUCCAGUUCAACAAUUUCAACAGUGCAAGAGAGAGAAAGCUUAGAAUCAACGCCAACGAAAGGCGAAAAUGGUGACCUUUAACCUGAUGAUCACUGCUGAGGUCGACAAUGUUUCCAGCAUUCAGCCUAUGGGCGGUUGCGAUGAUCCUAACUUCACUUACUACUUUAAGCUGAAAUGUGGGAAUUGUGGAGAGGUGACUGAGAAGGAGACUUAUGUGGUGUUGGGAGAGGUUGUUCCUAUUCCUAAGAGUCGCGGCAAUGCUAAUCUCGUCCAGAAGUGCAAGUUAUGCGGUAGGGAUGGUACUAUUACGAUGAUACCAAAAUCUGGCCGCCCUCUAACCGGUGAUGACUGUGAAGAAGGAAAGUAUGCCCCUAUGAUGAGCUUUGAUUGCCGGGGUUUGGAGCCAGUGGCCUACUCCUUUGGUGGUGAUCAGUGGAAAAUUGUAACUACUGCUGGCACUGUGUUUGAGAACGUGGACCUGUCGGAUGGGGAUUGGGCUGAUUAUGAUGAAAAAGGGAAAAUGCCAACUUCAAUCAGCAACCUGCAAUCACGUUUUGAUGUGGUGAAGACAUAAACCAGAGUUUGUGGGGGAGAGGGGAAGGAGUGUAGAUGGCGGUACCCAGACACUGACGAAACGAAGUGUGAAUUGAACUGGUACAUAAAAAACGUAUAAAGAUUACCAAAAAAAGUCUUUGCUAAUGUAGUAAUGUAAGUCAGCUUAGUACAGCUUGAUAACUGCAUUCUGUUUCUUGGUUACCAGAACUUGUAUCUCCCCAAAUGCUUGGUCUUUGCUGGCUUUGAUGCUAUGUGAAAUGGUUGGUGCAGUGCAACUGCUAAUUCCGGUUUUUCCUUGCAGAGAAUAUAUUUUAUAGCAUCAAUCCAUGAUUUUUUGUUUUCGA